AUGAGCCCAGCUCUCAAAAAUAUUAUAUCUUCUCUCCAGAGAAGUGCAACAUUUAUCAAUUCCUUAAUUGCUGCUUUGACGAUUGGUGGGCAACGACUGUUCUCGUCUUUCACAUUCAGAUGUCCCUGUCAAGUGGGGAAAAAUUUCUAUUAUGGUUUUGCUUUUCUAGUUAUUCCUGCCUUGAUCCUGCUGAUUGCUGGCUAUGCUCUGCGAGGCCAAAUGUGGACAAUUACCAGCGACUGCUGCUAUGGAUGUUCUCCUCCACGCCGCCAAACCAGCCUCCUGGAACGCAAGCUGGCUUGCCUUAGGUUCUUCAGCAUCACCGGGAGAGCAGUCGUUGCUCCCUUAACGUGGCUGGCAGUGACCCUACUGACAGGCACCUACUAUGAAUGUGCAGCAAGUGAGUUUACGUCUAUAGACCAUUACUCAGUGUUUGACAAUGUCAGUGCCAGCAAACGAGAAGAGGUCCUAGCUGGGUUUCCGUGUUGCAAAUCAAUUCCUUCUGACAUGAUCCUAGUAAGAGACGAAGUGGCUCUUCUGCACAGAUACCAAUCUCAAAUGCUGGGCUGGGUUGUGAUCACCUUGGCACUCAUCGCUGUUCUGGUCUCCUCCUGCUUGGCGCGGUGCUGCUCUCCCCUCACCUCUCUGCAGCAUCACUACUGGACCACUCACCUGCACAACGAGAGGGAGCUCUUUGAACAAGCAGCAGAACAGCACUCGAGGCUCCUCGUCACGCAGCACAUCAAGAAAAUAUUCGGCUUCAUUCCUGGGGAUGAAAGCGUUAAACACAUCCGUAUUCCUUCUUGUCAGGACUGGAGAGAUAUUUCGGUACCCAAUGUUGCAUGCAUGGGUGAUAAUUUGCAGAGUCACUACAGUUUCCUUGGAGACAGGGGGGAUGAGGAUAAUGAGGAAGGCAAAUCAGAAAGGAUUGAGUUAAAACCUUGA